UUUGGCGCAGCAAAUAUUCCCAGAGCAACCGUGUCUGUCGACGUACUGUCACGGCUCACCGAAUUUCCGAAAACACAACCCGUCUCCUUCGUCCUUCCCCCUCACCGAUCCCCAAUUACCUGACCUCCCAAAUCCCUAACCCUAGCCCCCACGCCGCAGCAGCCGCCACCGCCGCCGCAAUGCUCCGCUCGCCGGGCCACUCGCCCCGCAACCUUUCGCCGUCACCCUCCCCCGCGCCUUCCUCCCCGCGCCCUCCCUCCCUGACACCCUCCUCCGCCUCCGCCGCCGCCGCCACCACUUCAUUGAAGCGCCGCCGCCCGGAGGUGCUCGACGAGGACACCUACGUCGCGGCAAUCGAGCGCAUCAUCGAGCGGGACUUCUUCCCGGACCUCCCGCGCCUCCGGGACCGCCUCGACUGGCUCCAGGCGGUGCGUUCCCGCGACCCGCUCAUCCUCCGCGACGCGCAGCUCAAGAUCCUCGACCGCCGCCGCCGCCUCCAGCGCCAGGGGACGGGGCCCAUCCCCACCCCGACGCCGGCCACCUCCACCGCGCUCCGCUCCCCCUCCUUCCUCACCACACCAGCCGGCUCUGUUGCCGGCGCCGCUGGCACCCCCGAGGAGGAGGAUGAGGACAUCGCGGCUGCGCUCUCCCUCGACGGUUUCUUCCGCCGCUUCACCAGCGAGGACAACGAGUCCUUCUCCCGCAUCCUCGAGAAGGUCAACCACCGCCGCCACGAGCGUUACGCCCACCUCCUGGAGCCUGCCGAGGCGAAGAACACCGCGUUGUUGGAGGACGCCAACCGCGACAGGAUAACAGAUGGGUAUGGCACAUCAGGGCAGCCACCGAGCACGCUGGAGGGCGCCAAGUUCACAGCGAAGAACCUGCUCAUGUACUACCCGGCAGACCGUGGAGAGGCGCCUCUCACAGAGGAGGAGCGUGCAGAGCGUAUCAAGGGGAUGACCAAGGAGAUUGACAAAUCAAAUACAAGGUUACAUGGGAGAUCCAUGGCUGAUGGUGCAAGGCCCAAGGAGGAAGAGGCUGCCAUAUUGUAUGCACCAGUUGCAGGCUCCACUCCAGGAGGGAUGGCAUACCAUGAUCCUGACAAGGCCAAGAAGUAUGAUUUGGAGGAUCUGAGGAAGACGCCGAACCCGUUCUACCUCGAGUCAGACAAAAAGGCCAACAAUGGGUAUAGUUUUGUGAGGACACCAUCACCUGCACCUGGUGUGGAUGAGUCACCAUUCAUGACAUGGGGUGAAAUUGAUGGAACACCACUAAGGUUGGAUCCUGAUGAGACACCAGGUGGUUCUGGGGGUAGUGAGACAGCACAUUUCAAGAUCCCACUGCCUCCUGCUCGCGAUGUGAAGGCACACCUGCUUUCGAGGGAUGCAGCAAGGAAGAUAAAGGAGCGUUCUAAAAAUUUCCAGAAGCCACCAUUACCAUCCCCUGUGAGGGGAGGCAGUGCAAGCCCCAGAACCCUCUCACCUGCAGCACAGAAGUUUGUGCAGAAUGCCAUCUCAAAGUCAGCAAAGUCCUCAAACACCAUUGAUGAGUCUCUCCGUGCAAGCUACAGAGGUUCAACCCCAUCUGGAAGCACUCCCAAGACAAGGUUUUCAAGAGAUCCCGGCCUUGGAUCCCGGUCUCCGUCAACGAGGCAGGGUUCCACCCCUCCUUGGUGAUUUUUAGUAGACCUGUGACUUUUAUAAAAUGGAUACAUGGUCUUUCCUGUAUUGUAGCAAAUUGUAUAAUGAAAGAAUGGAAGUGAUGCUUAUUUACUCUUGAUAUCUGAGCCAGCCUUGCAAAAUCACCACCAUGAGCAUGGCUUUGCAUGCCAA